GGGGGGUUUUUAGGGGACAUCCGUAUACAUACCGAUACCUAUACUUUUUAAAAACAUAACCUUUGGAACUAUUAUAGGUAGGUACCUAGUGAACAUAACAUUAGCUACCUAUAUAUUAGAUUACGUAUUUCUUUACCUAACUCCCUAACUUUAAAUAUCAGGUUCGUUGGAGGACUAAUCCGAUGUUUCCGUCAUGUUUUCGUAUAUUGUAGCAGGCAUUGCUAUUUUAUUGUUCACAUUCAAUCCGAUCCUCCAAUACUUUUCUCCCGAACCAUCUCGUCUUCCGCGCACUCCCCGGCCUCGUAUAAAUGAAUCUCUCCUUGCCAUCGAUGCAGCAAACCAAACUGCACCGGAUUGCCCUCCAGAUUCAUAUUCAAUUCACAUUCUUUCAAAAGCACCAAUCGUAAUUUAUAUUGAGAAUUUCCUCUCCGAGGAUGAGCGGUCCCAUUUACUAGAGAUUAGUGAGCCAUUAUUUGAACCGUCGACAGUUACUCAUGAUGGCGACUCAACGCAUCGCGAUACUGCGAUACGUGACUCGGAGGUAGCAUUGAUACCUCGCACCGACAUCGUGCGAUGCAUUGAAACGCGUGCACGGGCUUUCCAGGGCUGGCGCGACGACUUAUGGAUAGAGCGCCUACGUACGCAGCGUUACGGCGCGAACCAGCACUACACGCACCACUUUGACUGGGGUUCCGGUGCUCGGGGAUGGGGCCGUGUCAGCAGCAUGAUGGCUUGGGUGCAAGCCGACGAUGUCGAAGGAGGAGGGACUGAGUUUCCUCUACUCCAGCGCGAAGCACCGGACAUGCCAUGGUGCCAAUGGGUUGAGUGUCCCAAGCUCCCGGGAUCUGAGGAAGAAACUCCCACCGCGGUCGGAGAAUCGAGCGCGGGCGUUACCUUCAAGCCUAUCGCUGGUAAUGCCGUAUACUGGGAAAACUUCCGCCCCGAUGGAACGGGGAGAGGUUGGGAUGAAACUUGGCACGCGGGUUUGCCAGUGAAAAAAGGGACGAAAGUCGGUCUGAACAUAUGGAGCUGGGGGAGGCUUAGCUAGGAGGGCUUUUGGUGGCUCGUCUCAUAAAAGCAAAGUCAACAGUCUAAGAUCGCAAGUUAUAACCAGGUACAUCGUGACUCAAUGUUACAAAUUUCACAUUUCCAGCUUCUCAUACGCGUUUUAUAGCUAGUUGCGGACAAUAUCUAUAUAAAU